AUGAAAGCAGCACGCUUCUACGACAACCACGACAUCCGCAUCGAAGACAUUGAUACACCCAUACCGAACGACGGAGAAAUUCUCAUCGAUGUUGCCUGGGCCGGAAUCUGCGGCACUGAUCUUCACGAAUAUUCUGUAGGACCGCUUGUAAUACCUAAGCCUGAACGUCCGCACGCAUCGACCGGCGACCACCUCCCCAUCACCAUCGGCCAUGAGUUCUGUGGGCACAUAGCACAAGCCCCGGACGGUGCGGUCAGCGCGGAUGGCACGCCGCUGAAGGCUGGGAUGCCUGUGAUGUGUGAUCCGAGGCUGAACUGCCAGAGCUGCUUCUCUUGCAACGAGGGUAGUACGAAUACGUGCCCUAGCUGGGGUUUCUUGGGCUUGAGUGGUGGAGGUGGCGGCGGGUUCUCGGAGCAGGUGGCGGUCAGGCAGUUUAUGUGCUAUCCUUUGCCUGAAGAUAUGCAGCUGGAUCAUGCUGUGUUGAUCGAGCCGCUUGCUGUUGCGAGGAGAGCUGUUAAACAGGCUAAUGUUCCGGACGAGAAGAUCAAGGACAUGUCGAUCCUGGUUGUUGGUGGUGGGCCAGUUGGGUUCUCGGUCCUGUGCAAUUUGAAGGCACUUGGAGCAACGCAGGUGUACGUCUCGGAGCCGACGGCGCUGAGGCAGAAGCAAUGUAAAGGCUGGUGCUCGCGGAUAUUCAAUCCAAUGCAGGAGAAGGUCGCGGACGAGUGUCGGAAAUUGACCGAUGGCAAGGGCGUUGAUUUGGUGUUCGAUUGUGCUGGCAUUGAGCCCGGGAUGAAGGAUGGCUUCGAUGCUUUGAGACCCAAAGGCACAUACGUCAAUGUCGCCGGGUGGGAAGGGCCUUUUACUGUGAGUCUCCUGAUCAGGAGUUCGUGUAAACCCGCUAACAAGGACGAUAAGAUUCCAAUGCAGUUCUUCAUGAUGAAGGAGAUCGAUAUCAGGACUUCGCUGGCCUAUGAUGAUGCAGAUUUUGCGGCUGUGGUGAAGGACUUCGUUGCUGGCAAGUUUGCAGGCGCGGAGAGCAUGAUCACGGCCAGGAUUGGCCUGGAGGAUGUUGUAGAGCAAGGAUUUGAGGCGUUGGUGAAGCACAAGGACCAGCACUCCAAGAUCAUAGCAACACCGAAGGCGGAGCUUCUCCCUCGGAAAAGAAGGAACACAGGGAAGACGAACGGUGCGUGA